AUAGUUAUGAGGUACGAGAAGCCUGAGCUUCAGAUCUGAAGUCGAGCUCAUGGCGCCAUUGCCGGUGGAGCAGACCGGUGAAUCAGCACUGACUGACUCACAGAGAUCUAUGCCGACGCCGUUUCUAACGAAGACCUACCAACUUGUGGAUGACCCCUCUGUGGAUGACCUGAUUUCCUGGAAUGAAGAUGGAACCAGUUUCAUAGUUUGGCGACCCGCUGAAUUCGCUCGAGAUUUACUUCCAAAGUAUUUCAAACACAAUAACUUCUCCAGUUUCGUCCGUCAACUAAAUACCUAUGGAUUUCGGAAGGUUGUUCCCGAUCGUUGGGAAUUCGCUAAUGACUGUUUCCGGCGAGGCGAGAGAAGCCUGCUUCGAGACAUUCAACGGCGGAAAAUAUCGGCGUGUACGUCUGCCGUAGCUGCGGCCAGUACAGUGACGGUGGCUGCAGCACCUUCCGCCGUCGUAGGGGUGUCUCCGACCAACUCCGGUGACGAGCAGGUAAUCUCUUCGAACACAUCUCCGAUUGCCGCACAUAAUACAGUGCAGCUCACCACAAGUUGCACCACUGCACCCGAGCUCUUAGAAGAGAAUAAAAAGCUUAGGAAAGAGAACAUGCAAUUGAGUAAUGAAUUGAGUCAAUUGAAGGGGCUCUGUAAUAACAUACUGACAUUGAUGACGAAUUAUGCUUCAAGCCAAUUAGAGUCCAGUAGUGCCGCUGAAGGAAAACCAUUGGAGCUUUUACCCGCGACGCAGCUUUCGGCUGAGGAAGCCAUCGUAGGAGGCGGCGCUUCGCAGGAGACGAAAGUUACCGAAGCGGAGGUGCCCAAAUUGUUUGGGGUUUCAAUUGGGGCAAAACGACAUCGGAGUUCAGAGGGCGAGGAGGCAGAAAAGGAAGAACAAAAUCAAACACAGUCGUCCCAAGAACCCGACGGUGGCUCCGAUGUAAAAACAGAGCCGCUAGAUGGUAGUAACUCCGAUGAUCAGGAGACGCCCUGGUUGGAGCUUGGGAAACAAUAGCCAAUAAGUUGUUAAUUCGUUUGAUGGCUCUGCGUCUCGGGCUGCCAUGUUCGGAUGCUGUCACGUGCGAAAGGCUGGGACGCACGUGAUUUGAAGCCCCAUCUUCUUCCCAAAUGUUGCAGCACAGUUAAGACUAGAAAUAGUCAUCGAAGCGGGAAGGAUAAGCACUAAGAAAGCGAUGCUUCAUUUUGGGUGCGGAAAGUGAAAAGUUACGAAGGGAAAAGGAAUGUCAUUUUGAUGGUGAAAAAAUGAUUAGCAAAUGACAGUGGAAAAAUGACGAAUCACGAUGAGACGUGGACGGAGCAACGUGAUGUGAUUAUUCAAACCGGAUGCGAUUUCGAUUGGAUUUAAGUGUAUUUCACGCUUCCAUUAUUUAGAUUUUGCACCUUCUUCGUUCCUUCCUUCGGUUGCGAUGCUAUGAUUUUCUGACAUCAUAUCAGCCUAGCAUGUGUAUACUCGCAUAAAUUUCUACUAAUAUUUGCAAACUUUGCAACUAAUUAUUAAAAAUGUAAGGCCUAUUAUAACCCGCUCUUCAUAAUAA